AGCGCGCGAGUGCAGAAGCUGGUGCGGCGCUACAAGCUGGCGAUUGCCACGGCGCUGGCCAUCCUGCUGCUACAGGGCCUGGUGGUGUGGAGCUUCAGCGGCCUGGAGGAGGACGAGGCGGGCGAGGCCUAGGGAACUGCGCGCGGGGGCAGUGCGUGACCUGGAGACCCGGGCCCUGGUGGAUUGGGAGUCGGGCGGGAGGAGCAGGUCAUGCUGGGGUGAUCUCCGGCCAAGGGAGCGAUGAAGAAAGGAAGGCAGAGGAAGCCACGGCCACUGGAACCUGGCGAGGGUUCCAAGGACACAGACAGUUCAGCAGGGCGACGGGGCAGCGCAGGCAGAAGGCAUGGGCGCUGGCGGGGCCGUGCUGAGAGCCCAGGAGUGCCCGUGGCCAAGGUGGUACGGGCAGUAACCAGCCGGCAGAGAGCCAGCCGGCGGGUCCCACCUGCCCCACCCCCAGAAGCCCCAGGCCGCCAGAACCGGAGUGGGGCAGCAGCUGGGGAGGCGCUGGUAGGGGCAGCCGGCUUCCCACCACACGGAGAUACAGGGAGCGUGGAGGGUGCCCCCCAGCCCACGGACAACGGCUUCACCCCGAAGUGCGAGAUCGUGGGCAAGGACGCGCUGUCUGCACUGGCUCGGGCCAGCACCAAGCAGUGCCAGCAGGAGAUUGCCAAUGUGGUGUGCCUGCACCAGGCUGGGAGCCUCAUGCCCAAGGCUGUGCCCCGGCACUGUCAGCUGACUGGGAAGAUGAGCCCUGGCAUCCAGUGGGAUGAGAGCCGAGCCCAGCAGCCCAUGGAUGGCCCCCCGGUGCGAAUCGCCUACAUGCUGGUGGUUCACGGCCGUGCCAUCCGCCAGCUGAAGCGUCUCCUCAAGGCCGUCUAUCACGAGCAGCACUUCUUUUACAUCCAUGUGGACAAGCGUUCCAACUACCUGCACCGGGAGGUGGUGGAGCUGGCCCAGCGCUAUGAUAAUGUGCGGGUGACACCCUGGCGCAUGGUUACCAUCUGGGGCGGAGCCAGCCUCCUGAGGAUGUACCUGCGGAGCAUGCGGGACCUGCUAGAGGUGCCUGGCUGGGCCUGGGACUUCUUCAUCAACCUCAGUGCCACUGACUACCCAACCAGGACCAAUGAGGAGCUGGUGGCAUUCCUAUCCAAGAACCGGGACAAGAAUUUCCUCAAGUCACAUGGCCGGGACAACUCCAGGUUCAUCAAGAAACAGGGCCUGGACAGGCUCUUCCAUGAGUGCGACUCACACAUGUGGCGCCUGGGCGAGCGGCAGAUCCCAGCAGGCAUUGUGGUGGAUGGCGGUUCUGACUGGUUCGUGCUGACACGCAGCUUUGUGGAGUAUGUGGUGUACACAGAUGACCCACUUGUGGCCCAGCUACGCCAGUUCUACACAUACACACUGCUCCCAGCCGAGUCCUUCUUCCACACGGUGCUGGAGAACAGCCUUGCCUGUGAGACCCUCGUGGACAACAACCUGCGGGUCACCAACUGGAACCGCAAGCUGGGCUGCAAGUGCCAGUACAAGCACAUCGUGGACUGGUGCGGCUGCUCCCCCAACGACUUCAAGCCACAGGACUUCCUCCGGCUGCAGCAAGUCUCCAGACCCACCUUCUUCGCCCGGAAGUUUGAGUCGACUGUGAACCAGGAGGUGCUGGAAAUCUUGGACUUCCACCUGUACGGCAGCUACCCCCCCAGCACGCCAGCCCUCAAGGCCUACUGGGAGAACACCUACGACGCGGCUGAUGGCCCCAGUGGGCUCAGUGAUGUCAUGCUCACUGCUUACACGGCCUUCGCCCGCCUCAGCCUGCACCAUGCCGCCACUGCUGCACCCCCAAUGGGCACCCCACUCUGCAGGUUUGAGCCCAGGGGCUUGCCGUCCAGCGUGCACCUGUAUUUCUAUGACGACCAUUUCCAGGGCUACCUGGUGACGCAGGCGGUGCAGCCCUCAGCCCAGGGGCCGGCAGAGACGCUUGAGAUGUGGCUGAUGCCCCAAGGGUCGCUGAAGCUGUUGGGGCGCAGUGACCAGGCCAGCCGGCUCCAGAGUCUGGAGGUUGGCACUGAUUGGGACCCCAAAGAGCGUCUUUUCCGGAACUUUGGGGGGUUAUUGGGGCCGCUGGACGAGCCUGUGGCCGUGCAGCGCUGGGCCCGGGGCCCCAACCUCACAGCCACAGUGGUCUGGAUCGACCCAACCUAUGUGGUGGCCACAUCUUAUGACAUCACAGUAGAUACGGAGACUGAGGCCACGCAAUACAAGCCCCCACUGAGCCGGCCCCUGCGGCCAGGGCCCUGGACUGUUCGACUCCUUCAGUUCUGGGAACCGCUGGGUGAGACCCGCUUCCUUGUGCUGCCCUUGACCUUCAACCGCAAACUACCUCUCAGGAAAGAUGAUGCCAGCUGGCUGCAUGCAGGGCCACCCCACAAUGAGUACAUGGAGCAGAGUUUCCAGGGCCUGAGUAGCAUCCUGAACCUGCCUCAGCCAGAGCUCGCGGAGGAGGCUGCCCAGCGGCACACACAGCUCACAGGCCCUGCGCUCGAGGCCUGGACAGACAGGGAACUGAGCAGCUUCUGGUCCGUGGCCGGACUGUGUGCCAUAGGCCCCUCUCCCUGCCCCUCCCUGGAGCCCUGCAGACUGACCAGCUGGAGCUCUCUGUCUCCCGACCCUAAAUCAGAGCUGGGGCCUGUCAAAGCAGACGGGCGACUCAGGUAGCAGGGCCCCAGCCAGUACCCGUGGAGGACCCAGGGAAUUGCACCUUACAGACAAUGGAGGGGUGUCCCCUCCCACAGGCAAGAACCAGAGGCCCAGGCUGCACACCCAUUUCAGCCAUCAAGAACCCACACAGACGGCAGGGAAGGUGGACACAGUAUGAACUACUGCUAAUGUCUCUGUUGGGGAUCAGAGGGCUGGCGGGAACGUGAGAAGGGCGCCAGCAGCAUUCCACACCCAGCUCUUCCUCGCCUUCCUCUCUAGUUUGAAUUUUUGUUUUUAAUUUAAAAAGGAAAAUGGGUGGUUGGGAGAGAAACUAUAACAGAAGAUGUGCAAUAGGGCUCAGAGCAGCCCCAGGAAGUGGGCCGUGUCUGUGGGGAGCAGGGGCUUGCUGAGCCCACCUGCUAUUGUUCUGGAUGAGGCUGGGCCUGCCUGGCUCUCCAGGGCCUCAUCCCCCAUCCUGGGCCUGUGGUGCUCAUGGCUGAGGCUCCACAGGGCUGCAAGUGCCCUGCCAGGCUCUAAGGCCCGAAGAACAGGUGAUAUUGGGGGCACUGCAGAGCUGGGCUCUAGCAGGACAGUUCUUUUGUAGCCAGGGGACCCUAGAAGUGGGGUGGGGCUGGCUCCAGGGCUUUCCAGCAUACCCUGCCCCUGGAUGGGAAAGGCAGGGUCAGGGCCCACUGAGAUCCAUGCAGAGUUUCCAGGUGUGCACUGGAAGUGAGGUCACACGAACAGCAUGGGAAGAAGACUCUGUCAAGACUCAGAAGAACCUGGAGUAAUUGUGCCUGAAGCUCAGCGUGAAGUCUGAAAUAUGCAACAGAAGAAAUAUAUCUCUAUCUGUCUA